CGCAGAGCAUCAUUAUGAAUAGGAUUGUUCCUUACGUCCCCUCGUAGUUAAUGACAUCACGGUCACUUAACUGGGAGGACUAAACCUGUCAAUACAGAAGAGGAGGAGAGUGUAUCAGAGCUGGGAGUGAAUUCACCUGUGUGUCGGCUGACCAGAAUGAAACCCUUCAUUAAUGUUCAGUGCUAGACCACCAGAGGAGUAUGAGCAAAAGCUGAGUAGCCGCAGAGCUGCAUUAUUGUUUGCCUGUUUGAAGGUAAACAGAUGGGUCAAGGACUUUGGAGAGUAGCAAGAAACCAACAAUUUCAGAAUGACUAUAUUGAACCCAGCUACCUAUCAACAGAUAAUGGCAGAAGAAUAAUAGUUAAUGAUAGCAAUAUGAACCAUCGAAGACAUGCACAGGGGGGAAUGGACAUUUAUCAUCUACUGAAAGCACGAAAAGUGAAGGAUGAACAAGGAUUUAUCAAUCUUGAGAGGUUGCCACCGGAGCUAAGCCUUACCAUUUUAUCCUAUCUCAAUGCAACUGACCUAUGUCUGGCAUCAUGUGUUUGGCAAGAUCUUGCAAACGAUGAAGUGCUUUGGCAAGGAUUAUGUAAAUCCACCUGGGGACACUGUUCUAUAUAUAAUAGAAGACAUCCACCUGGAUUCUCUUUCCGUAAUCUUUACAUGCGUUUGGAUGAAGGAAGCCUCACUUUCAAUGCCAAUCCACAUGAGGGGACCGAGUACUUUUUAUCAAGAGGUAUACUAGAUGAUUCACCUAAAGAGAUUGCCAAGUUUAUCUUCUGCACCAGAACACUAAACUGGAAGAAACUGAGGGUCUACCUUGAUGAAAGGCGAGAUGUGUUAGAUGAACUUGUGACACUGCACAACUUCAGCAAUCAGUUUCUACCGAAUGCACUGAGAGACUUUUUCCGGCACGUACAUGCACCUGAAGAACGGGGAGAAUAUCUUGAAACUCUGAUCACAAAAUUCUCUCAUCGAUUUUGUGCUUGUAACCCUUCACUAGCAAGAGACUUGGGCCUUAGUCCUGAUGCAGUGUAUGUACUGUGCUAUUCUUUGAUUCUGCUUUCCAUCGACCUCGCCAGUCCUCAUGUGAAGAACAAAAUGUCAAAGAGAGAAUUUAUCAGAAAUACACGGCGUGCUGCUCAGAACAUUAGUGAAGACUUUGUAGGGCAUCUCUAUGACAAUAUUUACCUUGUCGGCCAUGUUGCUGUUUAAAAGCAAGACAUAGGUUGUAGGUACUAGUAGCAAUUACUACAGCUUUCCAAAGCUUUGACAGUGGCUGAUAAGAGGGUUAUGUUAGUGCUGGUCAUUCUAACCUCUGUCUAUGAUCUAAUUGUGAUCUAUCCUUUCUUAGAGAUCUGCUGCGCAAAGUGAAGAUUACCACAGAAAUAUAUUUUUUAUUAAUAUUUUUGCUUAUCACAUCUUUCACAUAACAGUGCCCUUAGACUGACUUAGCCAUUUAUGACUGUUAACUGACAUUACAAUGUAGACCUUGUUCAGGGUAAUGGAUCUAAACACUAGAUUUGUUUUGAAAGCAUUUACCAAUGCAUUUUUUUAAUAUCUUGUAAUUUGUACAUACUAAACUAAAGAGAUUUAUAAUCCUAAUAUAAAAUAUUAAAUAUGUAAAAUAUUUUAACUAAA